AUGGCAUUGUCUAUUGCGCGCAUGGCGCGCCUUGCCCUGGUUGGCAUGAUGGCAUUCACGUCGAUUGCCUCCGCACUGCCUGCGUCUCCCGUCCCUCGCACCACGGUCCAGCCUCCCGAUGCGGAUCCGUUCUAUCAGCCGGCUGCCGACUUCGCAUCCAAGGCGCCUGGGACAAUCCUGAGCCAACGCAAGAUCAAUGCCGCGUUCUUCGGCCUCGUCCCGAUUGACGUGGAAGCCUAUCAGCUGCUUUACCGCACAACUGCAAUUGAUGGCUCGGCCAUCGCAACAGUCACUACGGUCUUCAAACCGAAGAACGCUAAGCUCGAUCGUUUGGUCUCCUUCGCCACGGCCUAUGAUAGCUCUGCGACGAAAUGCCAGCCUAGCUAUGGCUACCAGCUCGGUGCGCCUCAGGACAGCUUGAUCUCUUCGGUCGAGUUAUUGAUCAUUCAGAUCUACCUUGCUCUCGGUUAUAUCGUCGCUUCUCCCGACUAUGAGGGCCCCGAGGCUGCCUUUGGACCUGGUCGCCUCGCAGGCAUGGGUGUAUUGGAUGGUAUCCGUGCCGUGGAGAACUUCAAAACCUUGGGUCUCGCCGCUAAACCCAUGGUUGUCGGUGUCGGCUAUUCGGGUGGUGCCAUUGCUACCGGCUGGGCAGCCUCUCUGCAGCCCAAGUACGCGUCGGAGCUGAACAUCAAGGGCUGGGUGCAGGGUGGAACUCCCUCAAACCUCACCGGCACAAUGUAUCAGCUUGACAAUACAGCCUUCAGUGGCUUCCUCCCCGCAGCGAUUGCUGGUCUCUCGAAGCCAAGUGCCUACGGUGCCGAGCUGAUCCCGUUCAUCAAAAAGAUCAUAACCCCAGAAGGUCAAAAGGCACUCGAUACCGCCUCCUCAGAAUGCGCCACUGGGGAUCUCUUAGCAUUCUUCGAGAAAUCGAUCCUUGACACUAGCUUCCAAAGUCUGGGCGAUGCUUUCAUCUUGGACCCGGUCAUUCAGUCGGUGUUGGGGCACAAUACUAUGGGUGUCAACAAGGACGAGACUCCGACGGCACCAACCUUUGUGUACCACGCCAAAAAGGAUGAAGUCAUCCCCUACGACGACGCCAAAAAGAUGGCUGACUCCUGGUGCAACUGGGAUGCGAACGUCAAGCUUACUACUUACGCCAGCGGUGGUCACGCGACCACUGAAAUCAUCGCCAUCCCGGAUGCCAUCAAGUUUGUCCAGAAUGCCUUUGCUGGGACGACCAAGGCUGGCUGCCCCAAGAAUACUGAGCUUGGCAGUGUUCUCAACCCGCUUGCUCUUGGUGCCAACCUUGAGCCUAUUCUGGUGAAGCUCAUUGAUGCGCUGUUCCAUCUGGGUGAUCAAGACUCAAAGUUGAAGGCCGACCCCGUCAAUGUGCUCAAUACCAACCUUUAA